AUGGACAGCCCUGGCCGGGAGCUCCGGUCCACACUGCACUGGGCUGCUGCCCCGCUCACCUUCAAGGACAGCACGGCCCUGGCCCUGAGCUGCAUGGCUGACUAUGGGGCUCCUGUCUUCCCUUUCCUUGCCGUGGGAGGCUACAAAGGGAAUAGCUACUCUGAGGCGGAUGCUCUGAUCCUGACCUUCUCCCUCAACAACUACCCUCCUGGGGACCCACGGCUGGCCCAGGCCAAGCUCUGGGAGGGGGCCUUCCUGGAAGAGAUGCGAGCCUUUCAGCAGCGAAUGGCCGGCACGUUCCAAGUCACCUUCAUGGCUGAGCGCUCCUUGGAGGACGAGAUCAGCCGGACCACAGCCCAGGACCUGCCCAUCUUUGCCAUCAGCUACCUGGUCAUCUUCCUGUACAUCUCCCUGGCCCUGGGCAGCUACACCAGCUGGCGCCGCCUGCUGGUGGACGCCAAAGUCACGCUGGGCCUGGGCGGGGUGGCCGUGGUGCUGGGAGCCGUCAUGGCCUCCAUGGGCUUCUUCUCCUACCUGGGAGUCCCUUCCUCCCUGGUGGUCCUUCAAGUGGUGCCGUUCCUGGUGCUGGCUGUGGGGGCAGACAACAUCUUCAUCUUUGUGCUCGAGUACCAGAGGCUGCCGCGGAGGUCUGGGGAGCGGCGGGAGGCCCACAUCGGCCGGGUGCUGGGCAGCGUGGGGCCCAGCAUGCUGCUGUGCAGUCUCUCUGAGGCCAUCUGCUUCUUCCUGGGGGCCUUGACCCCCAUGCCCGCCGUGAGGACUUUUGCGUUGACCUCUGGUCUCGCGGUGGUCCUGGACUUCCUGCUGCAGAUGUCGGCGUUUGUGGCCCUGGUGUCCCUCGACAGCAGGAGGCAAGAGGCCUCCCGCUGGGACGUCUGCUGCUGCAUCAGUGUCCAGGAGCUGCCCCCGCCUGGCCAACGCGAGGGGUUCCUGCUCCGAUUCUUCCGCAAGGUCUAUGCUCCGUUCCUGCUGCACCGUAUCACCCGUGUGGUCGUGGUGCUGCUGUUCCUGGCCCUGUUUGGGGUGGGUCUCUAUUUCAUGUGCCACAUCAGUGUGGGGCUGGACCAGGAGCUGGCGCUGCCCAAGGACUCAUACCUGCUCGACUAUUUCCUCUUUCUGAACCGCUACUUUGAGGUGGGGGCCCCGGUCUACUUUGUCACCACCGGGGGCUACAACUUCUCCACUAAGGAGGGAAUGAACAACAUCUGCUCCAGUGCUGGCUGCAAAAGCUUCUCCUUAACCCAGAAGAUCCAGUAUGCCACUCAGUUCCCUGAGCAGUCUUACCUGGCCAUCCCUGCCUCCUCUUGGGUGGACGACUUCAUCGACUGGCUCACGCCGUCCUCCUGCUGCCGCAUUUACACCUUUGGCCCCAAUAAGGAUCAGUUCUGCCCCUCAACCGUCAACUCGCUGGCUUGCUUGAAGAACUGUGUGAGCUUCACCUUCGGCCCCGUGCGUCCCUCCGUGGAGCAGUUCCACAAGUACCUUCCCUGGUUCCUCAGUGACCCGCCCAACAUCAUGUGCCCCAAAGGGGGCCUCGCAGCAUACAGCACCUCCGUGAAGUUGGGCGAAGAUGGCCAGGUUUUAGCCUCACGCUUCAUGGCCUACCACAAGCCCCUGAGGAACUCGCAGGAUUACACGGAGGCUCUGCGGGCAGCUCGGGCCCUGGCGGCCAACAUCACCACUGGCCUGCGGAAGGUGCCGGGCACCGACCCAGCCUUCGAGGUUUUCCCCUACACGAUCACCAAUGUGUUCUAUGAGCAGUACCUGACGGUGGUGCCCGAGGGGCUCUUCAUGCUCAGCCUCUGCCUUGUGCCCACCUUUGCCGUCUGCUGCAUCCUGCUGGGCAUGGACCUCCGCUCUGGCCUCCUCAACCUCUUUUCCAUCAUCAUGAUCCUGGUGGACACCGUGGGCUUCAUGGCCCUAUGGGGCAUCAGCUACAACGCUGUGUCCCUCAUCAACCUGGUCACGACGGUGGGCAUCUCUGUGGAGUUCGUGUCCCACAUCACCCGCUCCUUUGCAGUCAGCACCAAGCCCACCCGGCUGGAGAGGGCCAAGGAGGCCACCGUCUCCAUGGGCAGUGCGGUAUUCGCCGGAGUGGCCAUGACCAACCUGCCCGGCAUCCUAGUCUUGGGCUUGGCGAAGGCCCAGCUCAUCCAGAUCUUCUUCUUCCGUCUCAAUCUCCUCAUCACUGUGCUGGGCCUGCUGCACGGCCUGGUCUUCCUGCCUGUCAUCCUCAGCUACCUGGGGCCUGAUGUCAACAGAGCUCUGGUGCUGGAGCAGAGGCGGGCGGAGGCGGAGGCGGAGGCAGCUGCUGCGGCCAGGACAGCCUCCUGCUCGAAGCACUCCUCCCCAGCGUGCCAGGCCAGCAGCAUCUAUGUCAACUACGGUUUCGAGCAUCCUGAUAAGAGUGUGGACGACCCCAGCAGCCCUCCACCCCAGUGA